AUGCCCAAGCUAUCCUACUUGAUACGAAAAUGCAAAGGCAAGGAUGGAGAUAAAAUCAGCGCGCACGAGGAAGUGGAAGUGUUCAGCAUCCUAAACGAAGACAGCUGUUACUCAUCGGACCAGGUGGACGUAGAUAGUCACGUCGAAGAGGGGUGGGCCGAGGCCAUCUUGGCGGAUAACCAAAGAAAUAAACACCGGCAGGGGAGUAACUCCAGUGAGACCAAUGGGAGUAGUGCCAAGAAAUUCUCACGUAGUCCUGGCGGCAACUCAAAGGAGGCAUGCAAAGGUGGAAAGGACGACUCGCCGAACGAACAGGUAACGAGCAGCUCGGGGGAGAAAAACCUAGAUAAUAUAAUGCUCUCCAAAAGGGCACACAUAUUCCACAGCCUCAAAAUAUUAUCGCCCAAGGGGGAGGGGAAAGGUGAAACGGGGGGAGUAGAGGCGGGCCUGACGGGUAGAAGCGACGCGGCGGGUAGAACCACCGAGGGGAGCCAUGACACAGGUGGCAAGCGCCCCCCCGGAGAGGAAUGCCCAAAACAAAAUAACAAGCGCAGGAACCCCCUCAAAAACACGUACAAAAAUUUCACGCUGUACGAAAAUAAAGUAAAACGAAUGGAAAAAAAAACAAAAAAAACAAAGGAAAAAAAAAAAGAAAAAACAAAGGAAAAAAAAAAAGAAAAAUACGAUAUAUUAUUUGCAAAAUGGAGAUUGGCGUCUUAUAUUGACCCUCUACAACAGCACCCACACGUGUCUGAGCUGUACAACGACAUUUUGGGAAGCAUCAACCAUUUGAAUCGGCUAAAUGUAAGAGAGGCGUACCAUCACUUGAGAGAUGUCUACGUGAAAAAGUAUGCCAUACAGGGAGAGGGGAAGAAAAAACAAUUCUUCCAAAAUCGCUUUGUUAGCGAAAUAUUAUAUAGGUACAAAAUGAUGAACAAAAUAGAACUCAUAUUUAAUAUGCACGUUAAAGACACAUGGGAUGAUUUUUGGAAUUUUUCUGUCAUUUUGAAAAAGGUGUACAGAAAUUUUAUUUUUGAUUAUCUGAUUGAUCUGGUGGAUGUGAAUGGGAUGCUGUGCUUUUCCAGGUACAUGAAAUCGCCCAGUGGAAGCAGUGACGAGGGUUCAGCCUCCCUCACGGUGCAGACCUCCGAGGAGUUCGCCAGCGAUGGGGAAGCGGUGCAAGCGGCGGAAGGGGUGGAAGACGUGGGAGGUGCAGCGCGGGCGGGGAAGUCCCAUGAGAAAACUCUAUCCGAGGGGAGCAACGGAGAAGAAGAAUACAGCCGUUGCGAAAAACGCUGCUCUAACAGCCGCGGUAGCCGAGCGCGGAGGCGGGAGAGCAAGAGAAAAGGCGGAGCACCCAGGUGCAUAGACAACAAGUACAUCGAUUACGGACACUUCCACCUGGCCUAUGAUGACGAGGAAGAUAACGAAGUGUUUUAUUUCGUGACGAAAAAGGAGUUUAACUCGUUCAAGCGGAUAUAUUCCAGGAAGCUCGCAGAGGGGCUUCUAAACGCGGAGGGACAGGAGGAGGAAGACGAGGGGGGGACUCCCCCUGGGGAGGAGGCCAGCUCGGACCAGUUCCAGACGGCUGAAGAGAGCGAAGAGGAUAGUGAAGAGACGAGCGAGGUGAAGAGUGAAGCGAAGCGGAGAGCAAAGCGACAGUCUACACCCAAAGAGAAUAUGAAAAAGUCUGCGAACCAAAGCAUGAGGAAACGUGAGGACGCUAACGUGGAGUCCACGCAUAGCAGGAUUGAAGAAAGAGAAAGAAGUGACCUGAACACGUUCAUAUAUUUUUACGUGAAUUUGCUGAUACCCUCCAAUUUCGUGUACGUCGUCGCCGCCAUGAUUGAGAGUACCCUGUUCAAGUCGUGGAUUCCCUUCUACUCCUUCCCCUUCAAAUUUGGAAUCAGCGAAUGCAAAACGUUGAAGCAACGAGGAAUGCUGGACAAAAUAGUGUACACGAAAAUUGCCAUGCCGUGGAUAAUCAAGGACAGGUUCCUACUGAUGGACGUAUGGAUAUGCGAAGACUUCAAAUUUUCGAAAGGCAUCUUUUUGUAUGCCUCCAAUUUUCCGAAGAACUCUGAAAAUAUGACGAACCUCGUUUUGGACACGGACAGCUGUAUGGAAAUUGAUAUGGCGAUCCACGCGUUCAUCGCCCCCAGGACUUUCGACCAGACCGUCGUCAAGUGCUACGUCGAAAUAUCACCCAACAUAAAUCUGAACGAGUUUUUUAUUUCCUUUUUGACAAAGGUUUUCAUCAAAAGCUGCAUAUCCCACUUCGUCAACGCGUGUCGAAAUUUCCAGUCCAACGAAGAGUACAACAGUGAGCUGCGCAAGAGCGGAUUAUUUUACGAUCGCUUGCGGAAGGCAGCUGAGGAGUGUAAAAUAUAUAACACAUGA